AUGGUUCACAAGCAUGCCAGCAUCGGCGAGGCCUACACUGUUCUCGGGCUCGAACAGGGCUCUACGCUCGAGGUCGUAAAGUCGACGUACAAACAGCUCGCGCUCAAAACGCAUCCGGACAAGAACCCCGGCGACGCAGAUGCGACCGCCCAGUUUCAGAAGCUGAGCGAGGCCUACAACGUACUCCUAAAGCACCUCGACCGCUCCUCUUCGCCACCCCUCCGCCACGCUCAUCCGCAUGGCCACAGCCACGGUCCUGGACAUAGCCACUCCCACAGCCACUCUCAUAGUCACUUCAAUCCGUUCUUUGAUUACGACGACUAUGAUGAUGAGGACUACGACGAUGAGGACGACUUUUUCGAUGACGACUAUGACGACUAUGAUUCAGGCUAUGAAGAACAUCUCGAUUUUUACAUGUUCCUCUUCGAAGAGCUCCUGAGAGGUCGUGCAAACCGAAACGCCCAAGCUCGGUUCCACCACCAUCACGAAGCCGACCAAGCACCUCAUGAAACGCCCGACCAGUACACCGCUCGCUUGCGCAUGCAGCGUGAACGGCAGGAGCAAGCAGCCAACCAGCGAGCGGAGGAAGAGGCCGCUCGUAAGGCCAACCAAGAGAGGGAACGCGAGCGCGAGCGUCGCGAAGCGGACGAGAGACAGCGUAUGAAGGCUUCUACCAAGAAGGCUGAGGCGGAAGCUUCACGCAAGAAUGCAGAGAAGAAAGCGCGUGCUCUACAGGAGCAGCUGCAGGCCACGCGCUCCAAGACCUUCGCUGCUGCACGGCGCGGAGACGCUUCAGCUGUCCGCAAGGGUGUAUGGGAAGACAACGUCGACGCUGCGAGCGGUGAGGUCCGCAAAGGUGCAGACGCCUUCGUGAAGUCGCCUCCUGCGGAUCCGAAACAGACGCUGCUGCACAUCGCUGCCAAGAAUGGAGAUGCCGACUUGGUCGAGUGGCUCGCCUCCCACGGUGCCGAGCCCGAUGAGCGCGACGGAAAGGACUUGACCGCCUUCCAUGUCGCCCUGGUGAACCAGCGUUCCGCUGUGAUCCGCAACCUCUUCGAGUCCUACCCGCCAGAUGACGAGGACUACGAAGCGAUAUACCGUUCACCAGAGGCCAAGUCUAACCUGGGCAUCGCGCUCGACACUCGCGAGCCCGAAAUGGUCUGGGCAGUCCUCGACAAGCACCUCUACACCAGUGCAGAGAUGGACGAAGCCUGGAAGUCUCUGAACACGCAUGCAUACAAGUCCAGCGUCUCUCCAGCUGCCAAGUACGACGAGCUCGUGAACCUCUUCGUCACGUACGGCAAGUACGAUCCUUCCUCCGCCAGUGCUUCCGCAGAAGAGCCCGCACCUUCGCCGCCCGCGCCGCCGCGCCAGCAGAACGGCAACCAAUCGCGCCGCCCCCGUCCCACUGUCACUGUCGAGGAUGCGCGGUCCGAGGCCGCGUCCCCCGUCUCCGAACACUCGCGCACCCCAUCUUCAGCUUCUCCGUCAAACUUCUCCGGCCCGCGCCCCUCGCGCGGGAGAGGCAACCGCGGCAAGCCUUUCCAGCCGCGGCCGCAACAGCAGUCGUCACCAGCCUCGCCGAAUGUCGACCAAGGUUCCUCGCCCUCUCCCGUCGACGGCGCCCCCCAACCAGGUCGUGGUCGUGGUCGCGCACGAGGCCAAUACCGUGGCCGCGGCGGCCGUGGUCGUGGUCGCGGGCAAGCUGCCGGAAGCGCACCGCCGCCUGCUGCUUGAGAGUCGCUCCCCAAGUGUAUCUGUUUUGUUGCCCUCUUUGCUCAGCAUCAAAAUGUACAGUCCGCUCUGCAUCCUUCCGUCGCUUGUUCACUGCCCUGGUCUGCUCCCCACCCACCUUCCAUGCACGUUUCACUGUGUCCAUAGUUUCAUAUCUCUAGCUAGUUCUCCUCCAUAUUGCGCUGUCCAUACACAUGCUUCAC